UACUCACACAACAACCCUCCUCCUCCUUUGCAUCAUCAUCACUUGCUUUAAACUAACAAUAUUUCUUCAUCGCUCGAGUGCUCUUCUUUCCUUUGCUAAUUAGCCAUGGCCGGUGCACUGAAGCUGGUGUCGAUGCUGUUGGUGUGCGCCCUGGUGGCAACCCAAAUGACAGCCGACGCAGCCAUAACAUGCGGCCAAGUGGCGAGCAGCCUUGCCCCAUGCGUCCCAUACUUGAAGAACGGCGGGCCCCUCCCAGCGCCAUGCUGCAGCGGCGUGAGGACGCUCAACGGUGUCGCCAGAUCCACUCCUGACCGCCAAGCCGCUUGCCAGUGCCUGAAGACUGCCGCCGGCAGCAUUUCCGGCCUCAAGGCCAACCUCGCCGCUGCCCUCCCCAGUGCCUGUGGUGUCAACAUUCCAUACAAGAUCAGCACCAGCACCAACUGCAAAUCCGUCAAGUGAGGCCUGAGAACUACGGAAAGGACGGGAAGCGGCAGGUUGUGUUAGGAUUACGGGAUAAAUUAAAUAAAAGGAAUGUGUACUAGAAAUAAAAAUGGUCGGAUGUGGAGCUGGGGGAUAGAGUUGUGACUCUUUUAUCUCUUUGCAUCACCAUCGUGUCCUUUUGUUUAGGGUUCAUCUGUGUUCUGGGUUUUAUGUUUUUAGUGUUUGUUUCCUGAGUGCCUUUGAUCCCGUUGAAUGAGUAUUGCUGUAUUGGAAUUUACUUGAAACGAAAGUGGUGAAGCAGUCUACUUAACGUACGUAUGCCACUUCAUCUUUCUAUCAAGUAUCAACAUACAUAGCACUAGCGCCUCCUAUAUAACACUCUAGGAGUCAAACGACAAGAAUAAUUCAUGAUUCAAAAGAAGCAUUUAAGAUUAAUUGACAAAAGGCAUUUUUGGCAAAAUAUACAAAUUCUUGGUAAGAACUUCAAAAUUAAAUGUUCAGCAUGAACUAGUACACAUAUGAGUAAUCUCUUGCAAAGUCAUCAUGACAUAUUCCAAAAACUAAAACCGUCUAGGUAGGGCAAAAUGAAUAAUAUCUUAAAAAAAAUGUUGAAAUACAAGUGUGGUAUUGUACAAAUCGUUUAUAACUUAUGUAUUUUGGAAAAGAGAUCCACUCGGACUUAUUAUCGGCCUAAUGUUGGCGAGUGGCGGAUGACCCCCCUGUCGUGCUUCAUAAAUUUGUUUGGGCUGUCCAUUAGGUUUCUGCUUGUUCACUUAAGACUCACCUUCGCUGCUUUAUUGUUCCUCUAUUCUGUGGGUUGCUCUUGUUCUCCUUUUUUGGCUUCUAUAUCAACCAGCUUUUUUCAGCAGUACCUCUAUGUAUAUGUCCCUUUCUUUUGACUUUUGUUUUCUUUGGCUCUUGUUUCUUAGGAACAACUUGAUGGGUUGGUGUCUCUUAAGUCUUAUAGCUUAUUCUAUUGGUUGAUUAUUAUUUUUUUAAUGCUUUAUUUUCCUUCAAUUCAAUUGUAGAAAUAAUGUAACUGUAGCGUGAUAUGGUUAGACCAAAAUCAAAAGCAUACAGUUGUGGUUUGGUUAUGGUCAAUCCAGCUCUUAGUUAGGUGAUUGUGGGUAUAGGUGUCAAUCGGGCGGGUUCGGGUUGGGUUCAAUCGGGUUCGGGUUCAAAUGGGUUGUGGGUUAGUCGGGUUGCGGGUUCGGGUUCAUCGGGUUCGGGUUCAAACGGGUUGCGGGUUAGUCGGGUUGCGGGUUCAUCGGGUUCGGAUUCAAUCGGGUUGCGGGCAAAUCGGGUUGCGGGUUCAUCGGGUUUUGGAUCGGGCGGGUUGCGGGCGGAUCGGGUUUCGGGUUGUUCGGGUCAGCGCAUCAAGUAACUUAACUCAUUACUCAUUACCAACUUACACAUUUUAUUACACUAAUUUAAAAUAUUUUCUCAACUUUUUAACCAAUUUAUUUCUACCUCGUAUAUAUAUACUUUAUUUUUUUGAAAAAAACUAGUCAAAAUGUUAAAUCAAUUUGUAUGACUUGCAAACUUGUUAUGUAAUUAAUCAUAAUUGGUAAAGUAUUAUAGCUAAUAGUAAUGGUGAUAUCAAUAUUUGCAAUCAAAAGACACCGUUAAUUGUUUAUUUGAUAUUUUAGUAUUAAUUCAGUAGUAAUUGGAUUAAAGUAUCUUGUUUAGUAUAACCAUGCAAAUCUGGUAUUGGGCGUGUGGUAUUUGGCAAAAGCAUAGUGAUAAAAGGAGUUAUUUCAAAAUAACUCAUUGCCCAAAUAAUUUUAGUAAACUGGUGUCAAACGAGUUAUUUGUAAAAUUGUUAGAAUUAUCCUAAAAAUUGAACCAUUAAAGAUUAGCUAUCAAA